AUGUGCAAUAUCGGUGAUGGCUUGUCCAACGUCUGCAGUAAACCCCCAGACAAGAUGAUCAGCAGAAAAGCGGACCUUCCAACUUGUCCAAGGGUGGAUGUUGGAUGGGAGGCGACCGACCUGGCGCCAAACACGAAGAGGAAGGAAGCCCAAUUCAAGGCCACAAGAAAAGAGCGUGUUCUGAAUGAGGACGAAGACGACCCUGAAGGUUCCUGGGAAAAACAAAAGGGUCCACAAAACCAAAAAACCAGUUGUAUCGGUUCCUCGGCCUCAAUCAACAGGGGUGGCGUCGGCGGAGUCUCGGAGAGCUCUUUUGGAUCACACUAUCGUCGGCCAUCAGAGAUGGCCACUUUCCCGCACAUGAAAAGAGCCCCCCUGGCCUGGCCGGCUCUUGUCGCCACAAUCGUCCUGAGUGUUUUGGUCUCCGAGAGAGCCGCAUAUGCGGCGUCGACUGCUAAACCUCCAUCUCCUGCCAAUGCAAACCCCGAGUUUGUCACUAAAUCACUUACCUCUUCUGACAACUUUUUGCACUUUUGUGCUGGUGCCAAACUGACGAAUGGCGCCCAAGUCCACGAAGGCUCAUGCAAUCCCACCCCGAUGGGCUUCAUCCCGAGCGUAGAGAAUAUGCCUUCAGUCAGAAUAGUUGAGCCGUCAUCGGAAGCGGUCCUGCCGGCCAACCAAGACUUCGAGGUGGCGAUAUAUGCCCACAAGAUCCAACUAGGCUUUUUCACGCCGCCUGCGAGCACCUAUUACCAAGCGCCGCAACAGCUGAACAAGAAAGGGAUUGAUCAAAGGACACACCCAUCUGGUCAUCCAAAAAUCCGUCGCCAAACGCGUCUUCGAAGACCCAGA